AUGUGUACGUGUAUACGCGAUCUUAUUAAAACCUUACAGACGCACUACCCACUUUCUGGUGUACCACUGUUUUCCAUGGUCGGUAGUGGACUUGUCACCCUCCUCAUGAACAUCUACGCCAGAUGGAUGAUGCCUGGUGAUAUCGGGUGGAGGCUAUCCUUCGUCGCUUCCGAGAUGCUCUGCGUCAAUGGAUUGGCAAAGGCUUAUCUUAAAGGCCCACGUCCCUACUGGAUGGAUGACAAGAUCAAAACUCUAGACCCAACAUUGGAGACGUCGUAUGGGUUCCCAAGUGGCCAUGUGAUGGGAUUAUACGUGGUUUGGGGUAUUCUAGCUUGGCAUGUUGGUGGAGUAUUCACUUUCACAUUAUGGGCCGUGAUGACUAUCUUAGUAGCCUACUCUAGGGUGUACACAGGUGCCCACUUUCUGCAUGACGUAGUCGGCGGCUGUAUUUUAGGCACCGUCUUGCUGGCGACGGAUAUCCUGAAUGAACAUUAUGUUUUGAAGUCCGGCCAACGUGGAUCGUUCAUUGAGGCAACAAUACUCAUCACCUGGGCCCUAGUCGCAUUCACGGGAGUGAUCAAACUAGCAGCCGACAUCAACGGACGAGUGAAAUUGGCCAUGGUAUACGAAGGCGUCAGCGGGGCUGGAUUCUCACUCGGUCUCGCUGUCAGUCACCUGUUAGAGGCCUUCAAUCCACUGGACUGUGUGGAAAACCCUCCAAUGCCUCUGCAUCUAUGUCUAGUGGGGCUGAUUACAGUGGUUGCGUUAGAUAAGGCUGGGAAGCAAUUGACCGAGUACGAGGACGGUACACGGGAUAUGACCAGUCUAGCCUUGCAGGCGUUGGUUUAUGCUGCUUUAAUGGUCUGGAGUACAUACCUUUGGCCCCGCUUGGUAUUCCAGUGCUCGGUUUAGGAGAAGGGAGCACGCCGAGAAAUGCUGCACUCUGGCAGUCGUGAGUAUGCACUAUGCAGACCAACCUCUACGAGUAAAACUAAAUAAGGAACACAACUAAAUAAUAAAUUAAACAACUAGCGACUUUACUAUAUGAAAAUAAAAGUAGACUAUGAUUGGUUUUUCCCCGUCAUAUCUCCACAGUAGGUAUAAGCGCAAAUAAAGUUUGCGAAUCG